UCUCUCUCUCUCUCCCUCCCUCCCUCCCUCCCUCCCGCAAGCACCUGCUUUAAAGUCUGGACUUCAUCUCACCUCAAAGCGCCCCUUAAUGUCCCUUUAAUUGCAGGGGCAAGAGAAGGUUUGGUGGGGGUUUUCAUGGAUGCGAAGAUGGCUAUUGCUGGUUUUCUUCUGCUGCUGUUCUUGUGCAGUGGGGUCACCGUGCAAUCUGAUGCUUCGAAUCACAAAUACAAGCCUGGAGAUCCCGUCCCUCUUUAUGUCAACAAAGUAGGCCCAUUUCAUAAUCCUAGUGAGACAUACCGCUACUUUGAUCUCCCCUUCUGUCCUCCAGCUCAUUUGACUGAGAAAAAAGAAGCCCUUGGAGAAGUUCUAAAUGGCGACCGUUUGGUUGAGGCUGCCUACAAACUUGACUUUCGGGUUGAUAAAGAUUCUGAUGUUGUUUGUAAGAAGAGGUUAUCAAGGGAUGAAGUUGCUAGUUUUAGGAAUGCAGUUAUAAAGGAUUAUUAUUUUCAGAUGAUUUAUGAUGACCUUCCUCUUUGGGGAUUUGUUGGGAAGAUUGAGAAGGAUAUCAAAGCGGAUGUGCCGGAGUUUAGAUACUUGCUUUAUAAACACAUCCAUUUUGAAGCAAUUUACAACAAGGACCGAAUUAUUGAGAUAAGUGUUCAGGCCAUUCAGGGUGAACCCAAUCAUUUAGUGGAUGUCACUGAGGAUAAGGGGAUUGAUCUUGAACUUACCUACUCUGUAAAAUGGAAAGAAACAGAUACCCCUUUUGAAAAGAGGAUGGGGAAGUAUUCGAAAACUUCGGCCUUACCCCACCAUUUGGAGAUACAUUGGUUCUCAAUUUUAAAUUCGUGUGUUACUGUACUCCUCUUAACUGGGUUUUUAGCUACAAUUCUCAUGCGGGUCCUGAAGAAUGACUUUGUCAAGUACUCCCAUGAUGAGGACGUGGCUGAUGACCAAGAGGAGACUGGUUGGAAGUAUAUUCACGGGGAUGUUUUUAGGUAUCCGAAGCACAAGUCUUUGUUUGUUGCCAUCCUUGGGUGUGGCACUCAACUUUUGGCACUUGCAAUGUUCAUCUUUAUCCUGUCUCUGGUUGGUGUGUUUUAUCCAUACAAUAGAGGAGCGCUGUUCACUGCUCUUGUGGUCAUUUAUGCACUUACUUCCGGCAUUGCAGGCUACACUGCAACAUCUUUCUAUUCUCAACUUGAGGGAACGAAUUGGGUGAGGAACCUUUUGUUGACUGGAUGCCUCUUUUGUGGGCCUUUGUUCCUAACAUUUUGCUUCUUAAACACUGUUGCUAUUGUGUAUAGUGCCACUGCUGCACUUCCCUUUGGUACCAUUGUUGUGAUUGUUCUCAUAUGGUCUUUGGUGACAUCUCCCUUACUUGUUUUGGGUGGGAUUGCUGGUAAAAAUAGCAAGGCUGAAUUCCAAGCUCCUUGUCGCACUACAAAAUAUCCAAGAGAGAUUCCUCCUUUGCCAUGGUAUCGAGGAACCAUUCCUCAGAUGGCUAUGGCUGGAUUUUUGCCGUUCAGUGCUAUCUACAUUGAGCUACACUACAUAUUUGCCAGCGUGUGGGGUCACAAGAUUUACACCAUAUACAGCAUCCUCUUUAUAGUCUUCAUCAUUCUCAUCAUUGUCACGGCAUUCAUUACAGUAGCAUUGACAUACUUUCAGCUGGCUGCAGAAGACCAUGAAUGGUGGUGGAGGUCUUUGUUGUACGGGGGCUCGACUGGCUUUUUCAUAUUUGGUUACUGCUUGUAUUACUACUACGUGCGAUCAGAUAUGUCUGGAUUCAUGCAAACUUCCUUCUUUUUUGGGUACAUGGCUUGCAUCUGUUAUGGUUUCUUUCUCAUGCUUGGAACUGUGGGGUUCCGGGCUUCCUUGCUGUUUGUUCGCCACAUAUAUCGCUCAAUCAAGUGCGAAUAGAAUCAUUCUCCACAAUCCACCUCGUGUUUUUACUGAGGGGGCAGUUGUAGGGCCCAUUGGAGCAUUCACCCAGGAUUAGCUAAUCUGGAAUGGUCUGUGGAUCUCUACGGUGUACCAUGUAGCAUACACCUUCAGUAUAUGACGUACGUUCUCUUAGUACAUGUGGGGGUACUUCAUUCUUAUUCUACCUAUUGUAGUUUCAGGAGAAGUUUUACACUUUUACCAGAAGCUGGGGUAUUGACAAUGCAAGCCCAUUGGCAGAUUGGGGAAGAAGAAGGGUUGUUAUAUGGUGAGAGAAAUCCUCAGCUGUUUCCUGCGUCUUUUAUCCGAGAAAUUCGCAGCUUUCUUCCAACUUAGUUCUGUAUUAUAUUAGGAAGUCUGUUAUUUUUGCAAUCACAAGGACUGUUAUUUUAUUGCUGGAGAACAAUUUUCUUUACCCCUUGCCUUGUUAUAGAGUAUUUGUUUGUUUGAAUGGUUCUGAAUGAAAUAUUGGCCCCUUUCUACAA